GACACUUCGAUAAUGGAUAUUCCUAACUCCAUGUCCUCCCCCGUCAACAUGUCAGACUGCCCGGCAGUGAGAAUCCCGAACCAGAUAUUCUUCACCAUUGGUAUAGUGAGCCUAGUGGAGAACCUGCUAGUGGUGGUGGCUGUCAUUCGCAACAAAAACCUUCACUCACCCAUGUACUGCUUUAUUUGUAGUCUGGCAGGCUUUAACACUAUUGCCAGUCUGUCCAAGACCUGGGAGAACCUCAUGCUGCUGUUUGCAGACAUGGGUCAACUUGAUUCACGUGGCAAUUCAGAGCGAAAGCUGGACGAUGUCAUGGACUCCCUGCUGAUCAUGUCUUUCAUUGGCUCAAUGUGUAGCUUUCUGGCGAUUGCUCUAGAUCGCUAUAUCACCAUCUUCCAUGCUCUUCGCUACCACAACAUCAUGACCAUGCAGCGUGCUACCACCAUCCUCGUGGGAAUAUGGAUACUCUGUGGAGUGGCCAGUGUGGUCAUGGUGCUUCAUUUCGACUACACCAUCAUCAUGAUUUGCUUCAUUGUGUUCUUCUUCAUCUCCCUACUCCUUAUACUUUUCCUCUAUGUACACAUGUUUCUUUUAGCACGCUUGCAUGCUAGGAAGAUUGCUACGCUACCAGGAACCAGUCAGCAGCGGAGGAGCAGUAUAAGGGGUGCCCUGACUCUCACCAUUCUUUUUGGCGUGUUUAUGGCUUGCUGGGCUCCGUUCUUCCUGCACCUGCUCAUCAUAAUGGUAUGCCCCCUUAACCCUUACUGUGAGUGUUACCGUUCCCUCUUCCAGCUGCAUGUAGUCCUCCUAAUAAGUCAUGCUGUAAUUGACCCAGCCAUCUAUGCUUUUCGCAGUGCUGAACUCAGGCACACGUUCAGGAAGAUGCUCUUUUGUUCCAAUUCAAUGCAGUGAUUAACCACAAGAAUACAAUUUUGGUUAUUUAUGUUGAAUCCCAAAGCAUAAUACAUGAUAAUGUAACCCUAACCCUUCAUGAAACAGUGACUUGCUGUACCAAUUUUGACCUUUUCACGCUUUGAGAGUUGUGAUUGUUUUGUGUUAGUCAUUACAAGCAUAGAGCGGCGGUUAUUUCACUGCAGUAAAAAAAAGACAAAGAAAACUAUAUUCACACUCCUGCUUUCUUAACUUAUCCUAGAUGUGUGUUUUAACACCCAG